CACCACCCUCUGUAUAUAUAUAGGGUCUGACACUUCUGUUUCUAGUGUAUCUGAAGAAGUGUGCAUGCACACGAAAGCUCAUACCAAAAUAUAAACUUAGUUGGUCUUUAAGGUGCUACUGAAGGAAUUUUUUUAUUCUGCUAGAGAUGUGAUAUACCAGCUUCCACCAGAUGAGAUCACCCAAGUGUCUUGCACCCUUACUUUUCCAGGUGAUGUAUCAGGUUUUAGCUAAGACAAUUGUGAAGUUGGGAUAUAACAGCACUGACAUAAUAGAGGCGCUGGACUCAGCUUUUAAAUGGCUAAUUACCAAUUCUGAAUUAAGUGCUGAUUUUUAAGGCUCCUUGAACCAGAGGCAAUUCAUUAUUCUAUAAUUCAGUCUAUCCCUAUUGAUCCAGUAAAGAUCUGAGUAUUUAUGUAAGUGAAUCAGUGGUGGUUGUUGAUACACUUCAUCAAAGAAAAGUUUCAAAUUGGGGAGUUCAUACAUCACUCUCCUUUUUUUGUCACUGGGCAACAGCUUACAGUAUUAUUGCUACCUCUAAGCUUUUCUUACCUGUCCAAAUGAAAUAGUUUGUUAUCCUUAGUUGGUUAUCCAUCCCCCCCCCCAAAAAAAAAUGUCUGGGAGACCUAGGUUUGAAAAAGAAAGUUAAUCCAAGGAUUUUUAGCAGCCACUAUUCUGUCAAACCAGGAUAAAAGUAGAGGUUUGGAAGUAUUGAUGUCAUGGAAAAUGUGAUAUAACAAUUAUCAGAUUUUGUGUUUUCAGAGAUGUUGAUGCCUAGAUAUUUCUGCUUCUUGGAUUUUGAGAGAUUCCAUUAAGGAAGUUUCACUUAACCGUAUCAGUACCAAUGCUUGGAAAAGAUUGGUCAUAAUUUACCUUGAAGCCAGAGACUUAGCCAAAUCUAAUCUGAAGUAUUGUUAGGCUAAUAAGGUGAAGGUGACAUUUCAAAUGACAUUUCCUUCCAAAGAAGCCUGGCUUGUGUUUUGCUGGUACAGUAAGCCACACUGCCCGCCUUCCCAUUAUCUCUAGUGAUCAAUAAACAAUAUUAUGCUGUUGGCUUGUUAUCAGUGGACACGGGCUGAGCAUGAUAUAAGGUGCCCUGCAACUCCACCACUCUAUGGCAACCUGUGCCAAAACAGCACCAUGCGCCUCUUGUUCAGGUUGUGCGUUGUUUUCAGUGUCUCCUAUGGCCUCUGCUCAGGGACAGAUGCCUCUCCGGAUCUCAUCACUUCCCUUCCAGGACUGUCUGAGAUGCCAGCCUUCCAGCAAUGGUCCGGCUAUCUCCAGGCAGGAUCUGGCCAAUACUUCCAUUACUGGUUUGUGGAGUCUCAGGGCAACCCAGCGACUGACCCCGUGGUGCUCUGGCUAAAUGGGGGACCUGGCUGUAGUUCCAUGGAAGGCCUCCUGGCUGAGAAUGGACCUUUCCAUCUGAAUGACGAUGCAACACUCUACCUGAACCCCAACAGCUGGAACAAGGUAGCCAACGUGCUUUACAUGGAAUCUCCGGCUGGAGUUGGCUAUUCCUAUGCCACAGAGGACAGCCCUAUCAAUGACAGCCAGGUAGCUGAGGACAACUACCAGGCUCUCCAGAGUUUCUUUGCUAAAUUCCCAGACUUUGCAAACAACGAAUUUUAUGUUUUUGGGGAAAGUUAUGGUGGAAUCUAUGUCCCCACUCUCACUGCCAAGAUUGCGGAAGGAUCAGCAGGCAUUAACCUGAAGGGAUUUGGGGUUGGCAAUGGCAUGCUGAGCUAUUUCCUCAAUGAUGAGACACUGAUGGAAUUUGCCUACUACCAUGGACUGUUUGGAGAUGACUUGUGGGCCUCCUUGAACGAAAACUGCUGUGAUGAAGGAACUUGCAACUUCUCCAGCAACAUGAACAGUGAUUGUAUCACAGCAAUAUCACAAGCGUAUGGAAUUCUUUAUGGAAUUGGCCUCAACAUGUACAACCUCUAUGCAUCAUGCUGGGGAGGAGCACACUACCAGGAGCGUUAUGAAGCUGAUCUGUCAAGCCUCUUCCACCACUACCAGUUUGAUGUUCCAGUGCCAAAAAUUGGCUCCAUCCCAGGAGUGCCACAUUGUAUAAAUGCCACCGCUAUGUAUGUUUGGCUGAACCAGGAUGAAGUUCGGCAGGCUCUCCACAUCCCCAGCACUCUCCCAGAUUGGGAGCUCUGCAGUCCACAGGUUAGCGCUCAUUACCAAAGGGUGUACAGAGACAUGACUCCCUUCUACAAGUAUCUGCUGGCUCAGGACCUACGAGCGUUGGUUUAUAAUGGAGACGUGGACAUGGCCUGCAACUUCUUGGGGGCUGAAAAGUUUGUUGAGUCUUUAAAUCAGACUGUGCUAAAUGAUUACCAACCCUGGUAUUUCAAUGAUCAGAUUGCAGGAUUUUUCAAGGAGUAUGAGAAGAUCACAUUUCUCACCGUAAAGGGUGCUGGUCACAUGGUUCCACAGUAUAAGCCUGGACAAGCUCAGAAGAUGUUUGAAUGCUUCCUCUCCAAAGCCAGCUACAUCUGAUCUAUUGCCUUUAGUAAAUGUCACUGAAAAGUUGUGGGGAAAUGGUACACAUAGUACACAAUACUUUGUAACAUAGUAGCAUAAUUGAAGCUAUGUACAUAUAUUAUUAUGAUUGAAUAGUUGCAGAAACUUA